AUGACGUCGCAACCAUUACGCACAAUCUUACAUAGCCCAAGCCAAUCUGGAAGAUUAGCAAAGUGGGCGAUUGAGCUCGGAGAAUAUGAUAUAGAGUACAAACCUCGAACAAGUUCGAAAGCGCAAGUGUUAGCAGAUUUCAUCAUCGAGCUUGUUCCCAGUGAAACUAACACCGAUGACAAAACCCAGAAGUGGAAACUCCACGUCGAUGGAGCGUCAUCAAAGCAAGGGUCGGGUGUAGGAAUACAACUCGAAUCUCCUACAGGAGAGAUGAUGGAACAAUCAUUUCGCCUAGGCUUCAACGCAUCAAAUAACGAAGCCGAAUAUGAAUCCUUAAGCGCCGGAUUGCGACUUGCCCAAAGCAUCGGAGCCCGAAAAAUCAGCGCAUUCAGCAACUCGCAGCUCGUCACCAGCCAAUUCCACGGCGAAUAUGAAGCUAAGAAUGAAAGGAUGGAGGCCUACCUGGCAGUACUAAGAGGAAUUACACAGCAGUUCGAUGAAUUCGAGCUUACGAGAAUUCCGAGAGGGGAAAAUACCUCAGCAGACGCUCUUGUCGCCCUGGCGUCAACAUCGAAUCUGACUAUAAGAAGGGUAAUUCCGGUUGAAGGAAUAGAUCGACCCAGUAUAGACAUCCCUUUAAAAGGAACCCUUAAUAACAAAGACGACCUCCCGCUGGUCGCUCCAAUCGUCACUCGUAGUAAAUCCAAGGGACGUACUCAAGAGCCCGACGAAGACUCAUUCGUAGCCCCACGGAAUCGGAAGUUCCCCGGUGAGUCCUCUCGAAGAACUCGAUCAAGCGCUGCCAGGACAACGCUUGAUCCCCCGAUUCCCGAAGAAAUACCCGUUCACGAGGUAAAUAAUGAACCACAAAAAGCUUUCCAGGACGAGCUCGAAAACAGACCAGAUUGGAGAACUCCGCUAUACAACUAUAUCGAUACCGGAGAACUUCCUCCCAAAAGAUGGGAAGCCCGAAAGGUAAAAGGUCGGAGCUCGCGCUAUUGCAUCAUGGAAGGAAAACUUUAUAAAAGAACCUUCAGUGAGCCAUAUCUAUUAUGCGCAUCGCCAAAGCAAGCCUCUACCAUCUUAAAGAAAACCCACGACGGAUCAUGCGAGAACCAUUCCGGUGGACGAUCCCUUGCGAUAAAAAUAAAAAAGCACGGCUAUUUUUGGCCAACUAUGAUCAACGACAGCGAGCAGUUCACACUAAGAUGUGACAGAUGCCAACGGCACACACCAAUGUUGCACCAACCAACACAGAAACUAUCAACCAUAUACUCGCCAUACCCAUUCAUGAAGUGGUCUAUGGACAUAGUCGGACCCUUCGUUUCAUCGGGACCAGCACAGCUUCGAUUCUUGUUAGUAAUGACCGAUUUCUUUACCAAAUGGAUCGAAGCCGAGGCCUACCAGAAUAUUACUGGAUCCAUGGUGACGAGCUUCAUUUGGAAGAAUAUUGUCUGUAGACAUGGUCUCCCAUACGAAAUAGUCACCGAUAACGGUCCUCAAUUCAUCUAG